AUGGAUGCCACCCAAGAUGGCCCUAUCGCGUCCAAAUACCCCAUUGCAGCACAGGCACAAGCGUCCAGCGAGGAUGUCGUUGACCAGCUGUCCAGUCACGGAUCAAUGCGUGCAAUCGAGCGAAGUCUCGUCCGGAAACUGGACCUGACGUUAAUGCCGAUGCUGUGGCUUCUGUACAUGCUCAAGAAUCUGGAUAAAUUCAACAUCUCACAGGCAAAGCUCAGCUCCCUUGAAGACGACCUUGGUAUGCACGGCACGCAGUACAACACCGUCGUGGCAAUGGCCACGGUCGGGUACAUCCCGAUGAUGAUCCCGAGCAAUAUGCUGAUUACGCGUGUCCGCCCCUCGCUGUAUCUGUCGACCUUUGCCACGCUGUGGUCCAUUAUCGCGACCACCAUGGCCGCCUGCGAGACCUACUCCCAAAUGGCGGGGACGCGCUUCCUGCUCGGUCUGUUCGAGGCGCCCUUCUCCCCCGGCGCGCUGUGGCUCAUGUCGUGCUGGUACACGAAGCAGGAGCUGGGGCUGCGCGUUGCGGUGAUGCACUCGGGCUCGAUCAUGGCGUCGUCGUUUGCCGGGCUGAUCGCUGCGGGCGUGUACUCCAAACUCGAGGGCCACAGAGGCCUCGGCGGCUGGCGGUGGCUGUUUAUUAUCGAGGGGACGGUCAGUCUGGGAGCCGCUCUGAUCUCGUUUUUUCUCCUCCUCGAUACACCAAAGACGACAACGGGGGCGGUGCGGUGGGUGCUCAACGAGGAGGAAAGGCGGUUGGCCGUCGAGCGCAUUGAGCAGGACCAGGUGUCGAACCAGAAGUCGAACCAGUCGGUCUGGUAUGGGUUGCAACUCGCGAUUCGGGACCCUCGCGUGUGGGUCUUGAGCUUGAUCGCCUGCACACAGGGCUCAACAACCGGGUACGCCAGCUUCUACCCGGCAAUGGUGGAGGGGAUGCACAUCGGCGGCACCGUGGUCACGCUCCUGUGCACAGUACCACCGAGCAUGCUGAGCGCGGUCGUCCAGCUCGUGGUCGCCUGGCUGAGCGACCGGUUCCGCGACCGCAGCGCGCCCAUCGCGGCGUCCAUGGUGUUGAUGAUCAUCGGCUUGGCCGUCGAUAUGGGCACGACCCGCUCCGCGAUCCGCUACUUUGCCUCGUUCCUCUACAUCACCGGCAGCGAUGCCGUCUUUUCCAUCCCGCGUGCGUGGGUGGCCACGGCCGCCAGUCAGACGUCGGAGGAACGGUCGUGUGCGGCGGCGAUUGUCGAGGUCAUGAGCGCCCUCAGCUACAUAUGGAGUCCUUACUUCUUUCGCAACGAGGACGCCCCACGGUAUCGACCGGGGAUGAUCAUCCUGAUUGUGUUUGCCGUGGCGUGCAUUUUCUGCGCUGGGCUAAUGCGGUGGAUUUUGUGGAGGGAUAAUCGCAAGAUGCUUGCGAGAUACCAGGGCACUGGACAGAUGCCGGUCUUACAUAUUUUGUGAGGGUGCUGUCUGUUGGACAGGUGGACUCUAGUUUGGAUGAUUCCAGUCCACGUCGCAGACCGGCUGAAUAGAUAUCUGAUGUUUUGUGGGAAGUGCACGAUGAUAGCUGGGAGUAUG